GGUGCUCCGUCUGCUCGCGGGCUCGGAUCGAGUGCACGGCUGGUUCGGUUCACUGUGUGUAGAGCUCGAGCUCCAGCAGCAGCAGCAGUAGAAACAGCGGCGACCCAGCAGCUCAGCACAGCCCGGGACCGGCAGCGCCGUGCAGCCGCGCGCGGAGCUCGGAGAGGGGAGGCGGUGAGGAGGAUGCAGCGCGCGCUCACACGGACGGGUGAUGCAGUGGCAGCUCCGGAGGAGAGGAGCGCGCGAGCCUGAGCCGAGAAGCCGGGGGCGGGGCAUGCUGCUGGGGGCGUGAGGAGCGAGGCGCGCGCGGUGCUGGUAGUGGUCAGAGUGUGUGUGAGACGGAGACGGAGUGUGUGUACAUGUGUGUUCCGCUGAGCCCUCGCCCUCCAUGGAUUUACUCGAGCUCCCCUACACUAAAGUGCUGAUCCUGGGCGCCAUUGCUGCCGCCUCGGCCUUCAUCGUCACCAUCCUCAUCGUGUUGGUGUGUGUGGGCUGUCAGAGGAAAAGCAAAAGUAAACAUGCCCAGUCCAAUGGAGGGAGUCACAGGAUGGACACGGGUGUUUUACGUCAGUCAAAGCUGAACUCCAUGAGCAAGUCUGACACCCGCUUGCACGAGAUGCACCGACUUCCCUGCAAUGCCAACGGUGCCCCAAAGAAUCGUCCCGCCAGUAUGGACCUGCUGCUCCUGCACAGCCGCCGCUCGACCUCUGACCUCCGCUCUCAGGGUACCAGCCGGCAGCUUCCCCACAUCCCCACCAGCCCCGAGGGGGAGGAGCGAGACCAUACCUACUCGGAGGUGGGCCGGCGCUCCUCUCCGACGCCCCGCUGCCUGGACGAUGGCCUGUACGAGAGCGUGGGAGUUAAAGGACCGCCUCCAGAACCAUCUGCUCCGCCCACAACUUCAGCUAACACUCAGCUAGCACAGUGCCGAACCCAGAGCCCGUCCACCAAUGGUAACGAGCGAGGAGGAGGAGGAGGAGGAGCAGGUGGAGAAGGGAGGGGCGGAGUUAACGACGCGGUGCAGGACGCAGUGAUCGCUGAGUACGCCACCAUCAGGAAGGUGAGGAAGUUGGACCGGGGCAGGAAGAAAAACGGGUCGGAGGAGGGGGAGAGCGUGUCCAGUACAGAGUCGUCCUCUGGAACCCUGCACCGAAAAAACGUGGAACCGUUCCACCUGCCCAACUUUCCAAAGGAGGCAGUAUUUAUGGGUAAUGGAGAGCAGUACAUAUGGAAACCGCCGGAGGAGACUGACAUUGUCGCCCCAGGAGGUCCUUCAGUAGAGAAUGGCCCCGGCCACGCGUGCACCGCAGAGAUCUCGGAGAUGUACUCCACCGUCUGUAAAACCCUCAAGAAGAAACAGCAGCAGCAGCAGCAGCAGAGCUCGACCCAGCAGACCAGCGGGCAAACGGGCUCGCCGCCACCCCAGGGGGCAGAGGACGACUCCGGGGCUCCUCAGGCCUGGCCACCGGGGGGAGCACCUGUGGAGGCGGAGGCACGGGGCAGAGCGUGCCCCCAAGACGAGCACUGCUACGAGGCAGUGGGAGAGAAGGCCUGGCCGAAAGCCAGCAACUCAGACCCGGCUUACGCCACCAUCGACUCCCACCGUAAAAGAGAGAAGCUGGCGAGCAACACGCUGAAGCCCAAGAAGAAGCCCUCGGCUCCCCCUCAGGGGCCGGGCAGGGCCCUCACCUGCGAGAACUUCUACGAGGCCAUCGGAGACGGCAAGCAGGGGGCGAACGCCAUGAGUACCACCACCAUCUUCACCUUCAACGAUGGCAUGGAGAUGUACGUCACAGGGCUGUAGAGUCUGCGGGGGUGGGCGGAGUCUGGGCUAAAAUAAACUGGACAAAAAUCACCCCCCCAGUGGACUCACAUGUUUAGAUAAUCGAACACACACACACACAAACACACACACACACGUCCUAUUAGCUGAAAUACAGCAGACAGUUAAUAUAGAAUACAUAUAGCACACACACACACACACUAACACUCACACACCUGCAGUAUACAUAAAUAGCAUGGGUGUGAUGGAGACCCAAAAGCUAUACACACACAAUCACACACACAGAUUUAUCCGAAGAUUUCACUAUGUUACGGCUAGGGAUGCACCGAAAAUGAAAAACUUUGGCCGAAAAUCUAAAUCAAACUUUUGGUUUAAUACUGAAUACAUUUUUCAUUAAUUUUGUCUAUUUUUGCCUGUAUUUGAUUGAUUUGCAAACGAAAUCCAAUUACAAAACAAAUUCUUAAUAUCCCAGCAGACACAACAACAAAGCACAAUAAAUUUACCCCAGCAGUGCUAUUCUAAUCAUACAUUUACCCCAGCACUGCUAUUCUAAUCAUAAGCUUACCUCAGCAGUGCUCUUCUAAUCAUUAAUUUGUCUUAGCAAUGAUAUUUUAAUCAUAAAUUUAUCUCAGCAGUGCUAUUCACUUCAUUAAUUUACAUCAGCAGUGCUAUUCUAAUCAUAAAUUUACCUCAGCAGUGCUAUUCUAAUCAUAAAUGUACCCCAGCAGUGCUAUUCUAAUCAUAAAUUUAUCCCUGCAGUGCUAUUCUAAUCAUACAUUUAAUUCAGCAGUGCUAUUCUAAUCAUACAUUUACCCCAGCACUGCUAUUCUAAUCAUACAUUUAAUUCAGCAGUGCUAUUCUAAUCAUACAUUUACCCCAGCACUGCUAUUCUAAUCAUAAGCUUACCUCAGCAGUGCUCUUCUAAUCAUUAAUUUGUCUUAGCAAUGAUAUUUUAAUCAUAAAUUUAUCUCAGCAGUGCUAUUCACUUCAUUAAUUUACAUCAGCAGUGCUAUUCUAAUCAUAAAUUUACCUCAGCAGUGCUAUUCUAAUCAUAAAUUUACCCCAGCAGUGCUAUUCUAAUCAUACAUUUUCCCCUGCAGUGCUAUUCUAAUCAUACAUUUAAUUCAGCAGUGCUAUUCUAAUCAUAAAUUCACCUCAGCAGUGCUAUUCUAAUCAUAUUUACCUUAGAAGUGCUUUUCUAAUCAGAAUUUUCCUCAGGAGUGCUAUUCACUUCAUAAAUUUACAUCAGCAGUGCAAUUCUACUCAUAAAUUCACCCACCAGUGCUGUUCUAAUCAUAUAUUUACCUCAGAACUGCUAUUCUAAUUAUAAAUUUACCUCAGCAUUGCUAUUCUAAUCAUAAAUGUACCUCAGCAUGGCUGCUCUAUUCAUAAAUGUACCUCAGUACUGCUAUUCUAAUCAUAAAUUUACAUCGGCACUGCUAUUGAAAUCAUAAUUUUUUACCUCAGCAGUGCUAUUCUAAUCAUACAUUUACCCUAGCACUGCUAUUCUAAUCAUAAAUUUACUUCAGCAGUGCUACUCAAGUCAUGUGUGAGUAAAAUUUGCACAUGAAAACACAGACAGUCCUUUGGUAAACAAACAAAUGCUGAAGCUGCCAAAGUUGUUUCAGCUCAUGUUAUAUCCUAGUCAUGUACCCAGGGCUUUUAUUUAUUUUAUUAUUUUUAGCUGGGAAACAGACAGUUUAAAGGUGAAGAGGGAGUAAACUGGGUUAAAUGUUAAAAUGACCCUUUUUUAUUGGCUCUCUUUGUCGGCUCUUGCUCUCACUCCCUGCACUGUACUGAGCAGUGCUGUGAUUCACAGUGCCGCCAGAGGUGGGGGAAAACUGCAAAAUGACCUUUUGCCAUUUUCGACCAAAUUUUUUCGUUGCCAAAUAUUUUGUGCAUCCCUAGUUACGACCCCUAAUGAGGGGGUUCUUUUACACCAGGGUACUUCCAAGCUGACUGUAAAAAAAUAAAAACAUUCCGUCGUAAUGCAGGGUGACUUCAAACGCUGUGGUGAUCCUCAGAAUCCUCCAGAUCAAUCUUCUAUCUCCUACAGAUACUUUUGUCCAGCUCACACUGUCCAUGCGGGAGGGUUUUUAGUGUUAUUUGGUGGCGUGUGCGCUUGUUAGAUGGUGUAGAUAGGUAUGUACAUUCCUCUUGGUGUUUUUUUAAUCACUCUAGGCGAACUUAAAAUCCGUAAAAGGACAUAACUCUCAAAUUCCGUGGCAGUUUUUUUUUUUUUUUUUACGACAUGGCAUGCAUCCUCCACCCAGUCUUUGGCAGGAAAAAUGAUGGCUGGAGCAACAGGGUUUUAAGACAUGGCAUGCUGCUUUUUCCCACAGAGAAAGAGAGAGAAAGAGAAAUAGAGAGAGAGAGAGAGUCGAGCUGCUGUUUGGGUCCUAGCCUGGACUGGACAACCAACUGACUAACUUUGACUUUCCAGGAAAAGAGAAGGAAAAAGAAAAAAGCGCUGGCAGUUUGUGUGUCGUUUCUUCGUAUCUUCCCCUCCAGCACUAUGUCGUUACAAA